GCAGUCGCAAUCCGCACCUUUCGCCAGAACGUUGAAAAGACACCUCCUCUGUGUCCACCCAGGCAUCGAUCCAAUCCAACGCGUGCUCAGUUUUACAGUCGUGGAAAAACAGCCAACCGUCGAAAGAGAGAGUAUACUCGCGUCUAAAAACAAUUUAAAUAAAUAAAGCACACAUGUGUGUUCCAACUUCAUGACGGAACCGGAACACGUUGUGUGAAAUAUCAAAAAAAAAAAGAAAGAAAAUACUCAAAAAAUUCCAGUGAGAACGUUCCAAUUGAGGUUUCCAUUCAGUUUCAACCCGCGUCGCACACAUGACCACCGCUCUGACAAUGGUGAAAACAGGAGGUAAAUACGCCAAUGAGAAACUCUUCGGCGUGAGGCAUGUGCAAUGCAUCCUCUGCUUCUUCUGCCUGGCGAUGUGCUACGCCUGGCGGGUGAACCUCAGUGUGGCCCUGGUGGCCAUGUCCGAGCCACCCUCCGUGAAUGUCACUGAGAAUGACACUGCCAGCGCCGUGCCAGACGAUGAUGACGACGAUUUUGGUAUAUUCAAAGCAGAGUACUAUCCGUUCGACGAAGGCCAGAAGUCGUACAUGCUGAGCAGCUUCUUCUGGGGCUACAUCGUCACCCAGGUGCCCGGCGGUUACAUUGCCCAGCGGUACGGGGCCAAGAUGCUGCUGCUCGCUGGCCUGGCUGCCGCCGCCAUCCUCACCAUCAUCUCGCCGCUGGCCCUCAAGCUGGGCGGCUGGAUUGCGCUGUGUGCCGUUCGCUUCACGAUGGGCCUCACCCAGGGUGCAGUGCACCCGGCCACGCACGCGCUGCUCUCCAAGUGGUCGCCGGCCAACGAGCGCGGCAUGCUGGGCACCAUCUGCUAUUCGGGCGCUCAGUUCGGAACGGUGGUGAUGCUGGCGACGAGUGGCUACAUUGCCGACUCCUUCAUGGGCUGGCCGAGUAUUUUCUACCUGGGCGGUGCCUGCGGCUUCGUGUGGGUCGUCUUUUGGUACGUGUUCUCGUCCAGCACGCCGGAGGAGCACCGCUUCAUCUCGCCGGAGGAGCUCAAGUUCAUCGAGGAGUCGCGCAGCGAUGGCAAGAUGCAGUCGGCCGACAACCUGGCGCCGACUCCCUGGCUACCCAUCUUCACGUCGAUGCCGUUCCUGUCGUUGCUGGUGGUGCACUGCACCCACAUGUUCGGCUUCUGGACGCUGCUCACCCAGAUCCCCAGCUACAUGAAGAACAUCUACGGCAUCGAUAUCAAGGAGAGCGCGCUGCUGUCCUCCCUGCCCUACACCGUGAUGCUGCUGCUCAGCUUCUUCUUCGUCUGGCUGUCCAAGGUGCUGCAGAGGAACAAGUCGUUGUCGCUGUCCUUCAACCGCAAGUUCUUCAACAGCAUCGGCCACUGGAUACCCAUGUGCUCACUCAUCGCCCUGGGCUAUGUGCCGAAGGAGGACAAUCUGCUGGCCGUCGUCCUGUUAACCCUCACCGUCGGCAUCAGCGCUGCCACCUACCUGGGCUUCCAGGUAAACCACAUCGAUCUGUCGCCCAACUAUGCCGGCACCCUGAUGGGCCUCACGAAUGGAGCGGCCAACAUCAUGAGCGGCAUUGCGCCCCUUGUUGUCGGUCAGAUCGUGCAAGAUCCGAAAAAUGUGAACGAAUGGCGACUGGUGUUCUUCCUGGCCGCCGCCGCCUACUUCAUCGGCAACCUGCUCUUUGUGGUCUUUGGCCGAACGGAAGUGCAGUGGUGGGACUCGCCGGAGCAGUCGGUGGACGAUGUGGAGCAAGGAGUGCCGCUGUCGCCGAAUGGCCAAGAUAAGCGCUAGAUCUGGAUAGACCACCACAACCACCACAUGAUAGGGGCAUGAGUCGAGUCGAGUCAUAGCUGUUGUUUCAUAGUUUUUAGUCGUAGUCAAAUAGUUAGGGACAAUACCAUAACGACGAUCGCGUGCUUCCAUUAGCGAUAUUAUAAGUUAAUUGUUUAGUUCUAAGGCAGCGUAAAUUAUUGUUUGCAGUAUUUUCCAUAAUGUACAUAAUCUAAAGCUAAAUCAAAUUAAACUUGCAACAUGAGAAAGCGUUCAGUGUAAAUAGCAGAAAGAGAGAGAGAGAGAGAGAGAUGUGCUGCUAAAAAAAACUCUAGUAAUUGUUAUGUUUAGUGUUUAAGCUAGGAAUAAACAAAAACCCAACUUGUGAUGCACGAAAAGUGAACUAAAAAAGGCAAAAAAAACAAAACAAAACAAAACAAAACAAAAGAAAGAAAAAAGCAAUGAAGACAUUCAAAGCCAUUUAAUAAAACAGCUCAAAAGGAAGCUGAAACCAAGUCAAAUCGUA